AUGAAGCAUCUUCUUCCCCAGUUCCCUUCCAUCUUGGUCAUCUGCUGCUUCUGCAUGCUACAGAUCCCCUCCUCAGGGUUCCCACAGUCUUUGGCUGAUCUUCCAGAUGGCUUGGACAGUGUACAGCUUGAGAGGCUGACAUAUUGUCUGAGUCAGCAGACAACUCUUUCUAGCCAAUCUAAGGAUAACCAAGACAGAAACAAACGGUUUUUAUUUCACUACGCCAGAACUCAGGAGCCAACACAUCCAGUUAAAACUUGGGUUCCUCCCGUGCAUCCUUUAAUGCGCCUGGCUGCCAAGCUCGCCAACAGACGGAUGAAAAGAUUUCUGCAGCGAGGGUCGGAGGCUGCUGCAGUGGGCUUUAGCAAGAAGGAUCAAGCUGCCACCUUGGGACGACCAUUUUUCCUUUUCAGGCCAAGGAAUGGAAGAAACAUCAAGGACACAGCUCGGUAG